AUGUUACGUCGAACAGUUUUUUUGACAGCUGCUUCACCAGCUUUGAAAGAUGGAUGUUGGAGACGAUCAGUACUGCUCUGUUCAACCUUCACAUCUAGAAGGACGCUGAAAAGCAAGAUAGCUCUACUUUCAAAUGGAUUCUCCCAUAGACAGCCACUACGGCGCUUGUCCUACAGUUCCGGAUUACUAGAAGAAGAAGUUUCUUCGAAGGAAGUCUCAGCUAAUGAACUUCCAGACGAGAAAGACCUUGUUACUGUACAUACUCUUCUUAAGCAAAUACUUUUAGGGUCUUACAUAUGUGACGGAAAGGUUGUUAUACUUUGGAGGCUAAAGGUCAUGAAGUUACGCCUGAUUGAGUACGUAACUAAAUUUCCAUUUGGAAAGGAUACUUUUACUUACAGCGAGGGAGCCCUGGAUUUCUUCAUUAAGCCUGGUGCAAAAGCAUAUAAAAUAGUCAACAGAGAGGUAACUGAUGAAGACAGAGUUGCUGCAAAAAAAUUUGCUGCUGCAUUGGAAAGAAAUCGAGAGGAGAAAGAGAAAGCUGCAAGCUCUUAG